ACAACCAACCCAACCCCAAUUCACCCAAAAAUUUCUGGUUUUAUACUAACCCUAGCCCCUCCCCCCUAUCUAUUCACCCCCCACACACCUAUACAUACACCUAUACAUACACACAAACAUUGCUCCUUCUUCACUCCAUACUUUCAGGAUUUCUUGGGCCUAGCACAUUCUUCGCAACACAUUUGAGUAGAGAGACAAGUUCAAGACAGCCAUCUAAUAAGACAAAGAUUAUACUCGCAUAUAGGUGUAAGGCAUUGUGCGAUUUUUGAUUCAACUACUUUAAGAGUUUAUAUUAUCAUCCGAAAAAGUUUAUCUACUGUGGAAGAACCUUCUUUAGGUACCUUCGCUAAGAAGCAUCUCAGUUUACAGCUGUAACUAUCCUGUGACGAAGCUUUGGAAGUUAUAAGGUUCUUAUAUUGUGCAAAUUCUAAAGGAAUUUCCAAGGUUGGACGUGUAAUGUGUGUGGGGACUGCCAAUGGCUAUCGUCAGACCAGAGAUGAAGUCUUACAUCUGGCUCCAAACUACUGAUGGCUCAAUCCAAGAAGUAGAGGAAGAGGUUGCUAUGUUCUGCCCCAUGAUAUGUCGAGAAGUACUUCAGACUGGCAUGGGAUCUUCCAAAAAUUAUGCAAUAAAACUUCCUCAGAGGGUGAAUCCUGCGGUCCUGGGCUUGAUACUGGAUUACUGUCGUUUUCAUCAGUUACCUGGUCACUCUAAUAAGGAGCUGAAAACUUAUGAUGAGAAGUUUAUCCGGUUAGACACCAAAAAUUUAUGCGAGUUAACGUCCGCUGCUGAUAGCCUGCAGUUGAGGCCUUUGGUUGAUCUUACGAGCCGUGCACUUGCUCGGAUUAUUGAAGGCAAAACUCCUGAGGAAAUUCGCGAGACAUUUCAUUUACCUGAUGAUCUUACAGAGGAAGAAAAAUUAGAGCCCUUAAGAAACAUGACAGAUGACCCACGUAUCAGGCUCCUGAAUCGGUUGUAUGCAAGAAAGAGGAAAGAAUUGAAAGAGAGAGAGAAAGUAAAGAAUGUUGAGGUUGCAGAGGAGCACAUGGAUAAACGUUCUGUGGAUGAUCUCUUGUCCUUCAUAAAUGGUGGUGACGGUGACUCAAAAUGUGUUAGAUCUGCCAAAAAUAAAAAGAAAAACCGUAGACGAAAAGAUCAACCAAGAAAUUCUGCAUCAAACAAUGACAAUGAAAAUCGCGAGAAGGAAACAGAGAGUCUCAAUUCAGCUCACUAUAAUGGUGCAGUGGAAGAUGUUUCUAGCUCAAAUCGAGCUUUAAUGUUGCAAGAUUCAUCAUCUGCCACAUUAUUAUCCAAUCUUGAUUUUGAUGACGCGGAUAUUGAUGAUGGAUUGGAUCCUGCUUUGAAGGAAGAAAUUGACAGGGAAGUAGAAGAUUUUGCUCGGAGAUUAAACUCAGUGUGGCCGGAGAGAAUGCAGGAGAUCUAUGCUUUGGGUCAAGAAAGAAGGCUUUUACAAAUACAUGGCAACAGUUCUGUUGCAAGAUACACAGCCUGAGUCUUGUAAUGAAGGUCCCAUGGUGGAGUGCUCGUGCACUGCUUACCUUGGUAUCACGUUUCUCCAAUGAAUAAUGGCAAUUUUACAUGUGGCCUUCUUUUACGGUGGAGAAACUGGAAAAGGGAAAAGAGGGAGCUCAAUAAAGAAGCUAAAAGGUGACAAACACCUGGCAACUUGGCAGUUGGCGCUUUCUUAUAAUGUGUUGGCUCUUUUGCCCUCACAAUUUAUUUUUGUUACUUGAUGUUUUUUAAUUAUUUGUCUUGAUUUGAAUUUUUUUUAUUGUUAUCAAACUGUAAUACCAGAGUGUAGUACAUAGGGUAUAGUUAGUUUUUUCUUGUGGGUGCUUGGACACAAAGUUUUCUCACAUUGCAAUGUAAAAACGACCAGUAUAGAGAACAAAGGGGUAAAGAACAUGAACUGAGUUUAGUACAUCUUUUUGACAGUGUA